GCCCAAAAUACAAAAAAAAAGCUAAAAAUAAGUGAAUUUAAAUUUUCAUAGUGGUAAUAAGCACUGCAGAUAAGACAGACACACACUUGCCUUAACGCUGAUACGCAGUCUGGGCGCAUAGUUUAUGACAAGGAUGGGCACUCUAUCGCUGGAUGAUUUUAAGGCGGUGCAAAUUCCCGUGCCAUGGGGUCACAUAUCGGGUCGCUGGUAUGGAAAUCGAACGGAACGACCCAUUCUGGCGAUUCACGGCUGGCAGGACAAUUUGGGGACCUUUGACCGACUGCUGCCCCUGCUGCCCGACUAUUUGGGCAUCCUGUGCAUUGAUCUGCCUGGCCAUGGCAGGUCCUGCCACCUGCAGCCUGGCAUGCACUACAGCGUCGAUGAUUAUGUCGACAUCAUUCCGCGCGUAAUGAAGGAAUAUGGCUGGCAAAAGGUCUCCCUGUUGGGCCACUCCAUGGGCGCCAUUCUGAUGUUUGUCUAUGCUGCCCUUGCGCCGCAUGCUGUGGACAUGGUCAUAUCGCUGGACAUUCUAAUAUCUGAGUGCAGGCAGCCGGAGGGCAACAAUCUGCGGCUAGCCGCACACAAUAUGGAGAAGCAUUUGGGCGAGGAUGAGCGACUGGUGGGAGGCUGCAGCCGCGAACCGCCCGCCUACACGCUGGAGAAGAUGUGCAGUGCCCUGGCCAAAGGCAGCUUCAACUCGGUUCGCCAGGAGGUGGCACACCACAUGCUGCACCGCCAGGUGACCCGGUCGCGGCUGUAUCCCGGAAAGUAUUACUUUUCACGGGACGGGCGGAUAAAGUUCAUAAACCACGCCUACCUCGAUAACGGACUGUUUGCGGAGAUGGCACGUCGCAUCGAAACGAAUCCCUACCUCGUCAUCAAGGCCUCCGAUUCGCCAUUUGUGGGGCCCAGCGAGGCCCUAUCUAUUCUGACUGCCAAUAAUCCAAAUUUUGAGUUCCACGAAGUGGAGGGCACCCAUCAUGUGCAUCUCAAUGAGCCCGAAAAGUGCGCCCAAUAUAUUGUGCCCUUUCUCAUUCGCCAUCGACCCCCACCGGCACUCAAUAGCUGGUCCAAGGAGCAGUCGUUGCAGGGAAAAAAGACAUUCCAAGCCAACAGCAAACUCUGAAGUAGCAUUAAAAAUUCCACUCAUAAAUGUAGGUACGACUAGGAUAUUUGCUGAUAUUUCUUUUUGCGUUGCUGUGCAGCGUGGGUGGAUCGAAUGUUUGUUCGAUUUGCAAACAAAAAAAAGAUUACUGAGGAAAGUGCAAGUGCUCCAGAUUACACUCCCUAUCUAUAAGCCCCAAUACGCCAUAAUCUUUUGCUCUUUUCUUUUGGAUUUUAUUUAUCGCUAAUCAUUUUGAUAGCGUAAAUGGCAUAAAGAUUAUUGAUUUGGUUCUUUGUUGUCGGUGCUCAAGGAAAAUCAACAUAUUUAGUAUUAAAUUUAUGAAUCAUAGUUGAAGGCAAGUUGUGCUAAAUUUUACAUAAUAUUUACUGCCUUUUUGGAUACUAAUUGAUUAAUUUUUGACAAUUUUCUAGUUGUAACUGUGGUAACUUUUUAGUAGCUUUAAUCAUCUACCAUCUCUCUCCCAUAUUCUCUGAUUUACUCUUAUAUUUAUCAAUCUACCAGUUCCUACAUCCAAUAGCUUUCAAUCUGCCCACUUUUGCAAUCUUUUUGGACAAUUUUGUCAGGUAUUUAUUAAAUUUUCCUCCUCAUUGAUGGGUGUCAAAGCCAGAGCUUGUGUUCAUACCUAAGCAGAGUCAGGUCCUAGCAAGUCCUAGCUACACAUCCUCCCCGCUUCCUUCUGUGCGUGUGUUCUUUGCUCAUGCCUCUGGUAAUUUCCUGCAAUUUGUGAGCAAUUUUAAGCAGCUUAGUGCUUGAGCGCAUUAGAACAAUUAGCGCUAUCAGCAGUGCCAUCCAUCCAUAGAUUCCCGUAGAUUUGUUCGUGCACGAAAAGUUAAGCUGGCAGCAAGUCAAUGGCAAGUGUCCUUCGUCAGUCCUUUCUGCCAUCGAAUGUUUAUUAAUAUAAAUAUUAGAAAUAGUUUUAAACUAAAUCAUUGAAUUAAUAUUCCCCGUAAUUAGUAAAUGAAUGCAAAUGAAAUGCGGAAAAA